AUGGCCUCCCGCCAGGCCACUGGACGCUCCCCAGCCCAGGGCAGCCCGGCUUUGAAGGAGCUGGAGCCCAGGGACCAGCAGCUCAUGGUAGCACUUCGAAUCCGCCCACUCAGUGACACAGAGCUGGAGGAAGGAGCCACCGUCAUCGCCCACAAAGUGGGGGCCCAGAUGGUGGUGCUCAUGGACCCCGGUGAGGACCCGGAGGACACAUUGCGCACACACCGGUCCCGGGAGCGGGCCUUUAUCUUCGACACCGUUUUUGACGAGCACGCAACCCAGGAAGAUGUGUACUGCGCCACCAUUCAGCACUUGGUAGAAGGCGUCAUUUCUGGAUACAACGCGACGAUAUUUGCCUACGGCCCCUCAGGUGCAGGGAAGACACACACCAUGCUGGGCGUGGACGCGGAGCCCGGCAUCUACCUGCAGACACUCACCGACCUCUUCCAGGCCAUCGAGGAGACCCGGGACAACAUGGAGUGCAGCGUGUCCAUGUCAUACCUUGAGAUUUAUAACGAAGUGAUCCGGGACCUCCUCAACCCGGCCUCGGGGUUCCUGGAACUGAGGGAGGACUCUCGGGGCAGCAUCCAGAUUGCUGGCAUCACAGAGGUGUCCACCUCGAAUGCCCAGGAGAUCAUGCAGCUCCUCACCAGAGGCAACCGUCAACGCACGCAGGAGCCCACGGCCACCAACAAGACAUCGUCCCGCUCCCACGCCGUGCUGCAAGUCACCGUGCGCCAGCGGAGCCGUGGCACAGACCUGCUGGAGGAGGUGCACGUUGGGAGGCUCUUCAUGGUGGACCUGGCGGGCUCGGAGCGGGCGUCCCAGACCCAGAACCGAGGCAAGAGGAUGAAGGAGGGGGCACACAUCAACCGCUCCCUGCUGGCUCUGGGCAACUGCAUCACUGCACUCAGCGAGAGGGGCGGCGGCCGGGCGCAGUAUGUCAACUUCCGGGACAGCAAACUCACGCGCCUGCUGAAGGACGCCCUGGGAGGAAACAGCCGCACCGUGAUGAUCGCACACAUCAGCCCAGCCAGCACCUGCUUUGAGGAGUCGCGGACCACCCUGCUCUACGCCUACAGGGCCAAGAACAUCAAGACGCGGGUCAAGCGCAACCUGCUGAACGUCUCCUACCGCAUAGCACAGUACACGGAUGUCAUCUCCCACCUGCGCAAAGAGAUCGAGCACCUCAAAUCAAAACUCGAGAAGCAGGAGAAGGAGAAGAAAAGCAACCCCAGCAUCCAGGACACACAAGACAGAGGUGAGAGCAGAUCUGUACAGGUCACAAUUCCCCUGCAUGACGCAGAGGAGGACAGCCGCCUGCAGAUGAACAAGAUCCGAGCCCAGCUCAUCGCGGCCUUCAAGGAGCAGAUGGAGAUGCGGCGCAGCCUGGUGGAGCUCGAGAACACCAACAUCGAGCUGCACGUCGACAUGUCCCGCCACCUGCUGACCAUUGCGGACUGGGAGAGGGAAAAGACCCCCCACCAUGGCCCCAGGGCCAGGGGAGAGCCAGAGAAGGGUGAGGAGCCGCUGGACGCCGACGGGGACGGGGACGAGUCCUCGGAGCCACACGAAGUGGCUCUGGCCAGAGAGGAGGUCAACCUGCUGUUAGCCGAGCAGCGGAAAACCGCGGCCCUCAAGGCGGGGCUGGAGCGGCGCCUGGCCACCGCCAAGCACAAGGUGUCUCAGAUGGAGAACCUGCUGCCCAGGCAGGUGACCAGCGAGGACCAGCGGGAGGUGCUGCGGCUGCUGUGCAGGGCCCACGAGCUGGAGGUGGAGAACACGGCGCUGCAGGCCAGCAACCUGUGCCGCAAGAACCUGCUGUGCCAGAAGGACUUCGUGAUCCAGCGCUACCACCAGCACCGGCUGCUGUGCGAGCAGGUCAUUCACGAGCAGCGGCAGCUGAUCCAGGACGGUGGCAUCCCGGUGCCGGAGGCCCUGGACAAGCGGUACUGCCUGUAUGCCCGGGAGCUGGGCGAGGGCACACUGAACCGCUUGCUGCUACUGCACUCGCUGAUGUCCAGCUCCCUCCGGGAUGGCUCCAUUCUGAAUACGUCUCCCCCGCCAGAGGAGUCCAGCCGAGACCAGCUGGAUGACAGGAAGGACCUCCCGUGGGGCGCCCGGUUUGAGCUGCCUCUGAUGCUCCUGGAGAGAGACAGUGACGGGUACAAAUCAUCGAAGAAACCGGGAAAGCAAGAAUCUCUUCUCCCUCCACCAUCCGUCCGCGUCCUGCUAACUCCACCAGUUCAUGAGAAGCAGAGCCCCCUGAGCCUGAAGAGCCUGGUCUCCAAGCUAUAUCCCGCUGGCCCGGAGCUGAGCACCGCAAGGCUGACAGGGGAAGCCGGCAGCCCAGCCCUGAGCGCUCAGGCCCUCCAGGAGAUGGCCGUGGGCACCAAGAGCAUCGCCCUCAUCGCAGCCACCCGGCGCUCCAAAGCACAGGACCAGGAGGGCAGCAGUGGCUGCUUCUCCUGCCACCGCCUGGAGGAGGUGGCUCUGGACUCCAGGGACCUGAAGCCCAGCACCACCCCGGACCCCAGCGCAGCAGACAGGAGGUGGUCCCACACCGGCCCGUGCAGGGACCACUCCGUGGAGAGGAAGGCCAGGAAGAAGCGGUCGCCCUCUCUCCCCUGGAGUGGGCAGCUGCCGCGGGAGCCACUUCUGUCCCCAGCGGAGCGUGUGGCCGACAGCCAGCCACCCCUGGCGCUCCUCCAGCUGUCAGCGACGUCAGGGAAGAGCUUCCUCUCUGCUGUCCCUGUGGCCUCCAAGAUAAAACCCAGCCUCAGUUUCCACGCAGGAGAGCUAAAAUGA